UUGAAGAGGACCCCAACGACCACGUUGAUGUGUUUGUUUCUGUGGAAGCGAGUUGGUUUUCAGUUGUUUUCUUUUAAUUAGAAAAUACAUAACGAUAAUAACUAACGAAGUAUCGCGAAUGAGCAAAAAAAUAGUUCGCAUAAAGACAGUAAGUGGGUAAGCUACGCUAGCUAGCUAGCUGUGCAUUCAAAUGAACAUGAACUCUGCCUUUGUGGUUCCAGUUAUUGAUGUGCAGAAUGAUAACUUCAGGGAACUCUGGCCUGCUAUGGUUGUGGCUAUUAAAACAUCAGCUUUCAUUGCACUGGACACGGAGCUGAGUGGUCUUGGGAACAGAAAAUCCUUAUUGGCAGAGUCUAUAGAGGACAGAUACAAAGCCAUAUGCCACGCUGCUCGCUCCCGCUCCAUCCUCUCCCUGGGAAUUGCCUGUUACAAGAAACUGGACAACAAGGCUGCAGACACUUACCUGGUCCAGGUGUAUAAUCUCACCCUUUUGUGUUCGGAGGAGUACAUCAUAGAGCCGCAGUCAGUUAAUUUCUUGGUGCAGCAUGGCUUUGACUUCAACAAACAGUAUGCUCAUGGAAUCCCCUAUUGCAAAGGCAAUAACAAGGGAGAAUCAGACAGUCAGGGUGUCCAUAUCCGGGCAUUAUUCACUGAACUGCUGCGUGCUCGGAAACCCCUGGCGCUUCACAAUGGCCUCAUUGACAUGGCCUUCCUUUACCAGUGUUUCUAUGCUCAUCUUCCGGAGCGUCUGGCCACAUUCACAGCCGAUCUGUCAGAGAUGUUUCCAGCCGGCAUCUAUGAUACCAAAUAUGUCACUGAAUUUGAGCUCCGCCUCACUGCUUCCUAUCUGGAGUAUGCUUAUAAGAAAUGUAAGCUGGAUAACAGUCGGAGUGUUACCUCUGGAGGGACUGGACCCCAUGUGCAUUUGGAGUUCUGUCAAUAUGCAGGUCGCAUGUCUACCUACGUGGACUUCAGAGCGUGUCCAGCUGUGGCCUUGCCUGAGGGACAAACUGACAUCUGCGAGCGCUUCUCUGCAUUUGGUUGGUGUCCUAAUGGCACAAAGUGUCCUUUGUCCCAUGACACAGACCUCAUCAUCCUUAACGAUGACCGGAACAAGGUGGACAAGAAGAAAAAGAGGAAAAGACGAAGAGAAAAGAAAAAAGGUGGCAAGAUGGCAGAAUGCUCCUCAGACUUUGACGGUGCCCCUGAAAAUAAAGUACCUCACAUGGAAGUUGAACCUGAUGAAGUACAGGAUGGUCAAGAAGGAGCGACCGCUGAGCUGAGUGAAGAAAGCCGGCCUCCUCUUGUCACCGAGCAGGCCACAGCAGGACACGCCUCUGAUGUAUGUCUAAUGGACACCGACAGAAACGGUCAACCCACUGAAGAGGGAGAUGGCAUGAAAUCAGACAGCAAGGGGAAAGGUGUGGGUGAGGACAGCACAGAGUUCACUAAUGCUACAACUGGUAACAACACAGUAAACAUGGAAACUAAUAAUGGCCAUGAAGAGAGUAAAACAGCAGGAGAAAGAGAAGAGCUCAGUGGGCACUCCACCAGGACUGGCGAGAAGAACAAACAGGAGGCGGGAACACACCGUGCGGGGUUCGACGCCUUCAUGACAGGAUACAUUUUUGCUUACUCGUGCAGUCUGGACAAGAAAGGAGAAGUGGGAGACACUGUGCAGAAGAAGAAGAAGGAGGAGGAGGAGGGGGAAGCAUGGCUUCCUAUCUGCCUCAAUAAGCUGUAUCUCAGCGGCAAGGCUGCUCCCCUCCACAUCGUUAAAAGCACUUUUUCCAAGUCAUCCAAGGCCCACCUGCAGAAGAUGGAGAUGGUGUGGGGAAGGGACUAUAACAUGCACACCUGACUACAGGACAGUUAUGUGCAGGGUCACACUGGAGUUCAUUUUUAGAGCCGCUGCCAUUCAUUUACAAGAAGUCCUGUGUUCAUUCUUAAUUUCCUGUUUCUCAAUUUUAUACUUUACUCAUCAUACAGAUUUGACCUGAAUUAAAACAAACAAACAAACAUUGGA